GCGGGGCCUCAAGCGAGCGCGGCCGCCGGCGACACCCGGACAACGCGCCGGCGGCGGGGCAAGGAGGGCGGCCCGGAGGGCAGCAGCCCUGGCCCGCGUGUGCGGCCCUCUCUCGCACUCCGAUCUGGCUGUGCCCCGGCCACGCCAAACGCGCAGCCAUGGUGGGCCGGCUGAGCCUGCAGGAUGUCCCCGAGCUCGUGGACACGAAGAAGAAGGGCGACGGCGUCCUGGACAGCCCGGACUCGGGGCUGCCCCCAAGCCCUAGCCCCAGCCACUGGGGGCUCGCGGCGGGCGGCGGUGGGGAACGCGCUCCGGUCCCGGGGACGCUGGAGCCCGACGCGGCGGCGACCCCAGCCAUCCCGAAUCCAGCACCUCUGACCCACUCGCUGGCUGCCGGCUGCUCACCACGGCUCUGUCCCCUGUCCUUCGGCGAAGGAGUUGAGUUUGAUCCCUUACCGCCGAAGGAAAUAAAGUAUACUUCCUCGGUCAAGUACGACUCUGAAAGACACUUCAUUGACGAUGUGCAGAUGCCCCUGGGCCUGGUGGUGGCUUCCUGCAGCCAGACAGUCACCUGUAUCCCCAAUUGCACUUGGCGAAACUAUAAGGCCGAGGUGCGCUUCGAGCCCCGCCACAAGGCCACGCGCUUCCUCAGCACCACCAUCGUCUACCCCAAGUACCCCAAGACCGUCUACACCACCACUCUGGAUUACAACUGCCACAAGAAGCUGAGGAGGUUUCUAUCCAGCGUGGAGCUCGAGGCCACGGAGUUCCUGGGUAGUGACAGUCUCUCGGAUGAAUGCUGACUCAAGCUAGCUACUCGGGGUUGGGCCAGCUGUUCACACACUGCCCUGGCCCCCAGACCAUCCUGGACAAGCUGGGUGACACUUUGCUCUUGCACGUCACCCCAGCCCCAGGGGAGUCUAACCUGGAGAUACCUCUAAGCCUAGCCAGGGGAAGGAGAAAAAAAAAAUCACUGCAUCUUAAAAUAAUAGAGAAACUUGGCUUCGUUUAAAAUUUUUCGGAUAGUUUCUUUUAAAGGAGCAGGUAUAUAUAUGUUCUGGUUGGUUGAUGCAGUUUCCCCAAAGUCUCUGUUUGGGGGAAAACAAAGAUAGGCAGAACAAAAGGACGACACCAUCAGGACGGACUGAGGUGAGCUUGUCCUCCAUUUUCUGAUGAAGAAAGUGGGACCGUCUCUGGAGUAGAAAGAGUGAAUUCUAAGAAAUUUCAGCCAUGCAUAUCUUCAUCGCUGAACAAAAGGAAAGGGAGCUGCCUCUGGGGGCUGUGAUGCACAGAUGUGCCCAAUCUGGGGAGACUCCCGUGCUGGACCAGUUUUUUGUUUCCACUUCCUUUUUUCCCCCUGCUAAUCCAAAUUCUUAGUAUUAUCAAAAUCUUUUUCAUGAUAUUAGAGGAGAAAAACAAAAACCACAAAAGGAGAUGCCUGUGAAACAUAAGCUCUCUGCCCGUUCCGCCGUCGUUGGAUUGGGUAAACAGCUAGCCCGGUCUGGGGCACUACCCGUCUGGUUCUCAAAGGUUGGUUCCAGGCGUGGGCUCUGGGGCAGCCCUAGCAUGCUUGGCAUCUGGUUAACAUCUCCCUAGACUUGUGUAAUUCUGCUCAUAGGUAUUUUGGGGUUUUGAAAUACUUUCCUUUUUUUUUUUUUUU